AUGGCCGAGUUUAACGAAGAUCCAUUUCAAAUGGACGAGGAAUUACCUCAAUAUUCUGAAUCGGGGCUAUCCCCUAAAACAGUUCAAUUUCCAUUUAAUUUGAAUCUGGAGCUAAUUCCUUCAGAGAUAUCACCUGAUUAUUCGGACAUACUAAACCAGCAACAGGUAUAUGACGAUGAUAAGCUUAUACGAUCACGGAUAGAACAAUUGAAGUUUGAAGAUGGAGCACCCAAUACUACCACUGAAGAUGAAAGUCAGCAAGACGACGACGUGAAAUAUGACGAAGAUUUAGAUGAUAAAUUGGAUCUAAAGUUACAGAAAAGAUUGCAGUUGGAGUAUGAACAAAGCAUAAAAGUACAGUUACCCUUGACUCCUCCGGAGAAUUUUGCUCCAGUAAUAAACAGAAUAUAUCGGUCAUCAUUUCCUCAACCCAAUAACUUUUCGUUCUUGAAAACAUUGAAUUUGAAAUCAAUAUUGUGUCUAAUUCCAGAAGAUUAUCCCGAACUACAAUCAGAUUUUCUAAAUCAUGAGAAGAUAAAACUCUUCCAAUUAGGAAUGUCAGGAAAUAAAGAACCGUUUGUAAAGAUAUCAUCCGACUUGAUUACGGAAGCAGUUAAAAUUGUAUUGAACCCAGAGAACCAUCCAAUUUUGAUUCACUGCAACCGAGGCAAGCAUCGAACUGGGUGCCUAGUGGGAAUUAUACGAAGGCUACAAAAAUGGUCAUUGACUAUCAUAUUUGACGAAUAUAGAAAAUUCUCUGCUCCAAAGGAAAGACCCAUGGACCAACAAUUUAUUGAAUUAUACGAUGAUAGAGAAAUAACGACGUACUGCAAUGAACGAAAUAUAUUGCCAUUGCCAUGGGAUUGA